AUUUUGAUGCGAUAACAAAUAAUAAUCGAUUUAAUGAUGAUAACAAAAUCAAUUUAUAUAAAGAAGACGGUAAAACCUUACUUUUCAUCAGUUUCUUGAAUAAAAGCAACUAUUAAAAAUAGUGUUACUUAUAUUAUACUUCAGGAUAAAUCAUGAAAGGCCAUCUCAUAAUUGUCUGCCUCUUUUUGGCUGGACCACUAUUUUCAUCGGCCUCAGAUGAUACAGAGUCACAAGGAGUAAUUGAUUGGAAGAAUCCUAAACAUUGCCAAGGAAGCUGUCCAUUACAAGAUCCCAUGGAUCAUGUAAUAUUUCUUAAACACUCGGAUUGUGACAAAUAUUGUUCGUGUAGUAAUGGAAGACCUAUAGCCAAUCGUUGUCCUCCAGAUUUAUUUUUUAAUACAGAAAUAAAUAGUUGCGAUCGUCCUGAAAAUGUCGAUUGUACCCAAUAUACAUUUUUCAAUGCAAUAAAUUUUGAAGAAAAAGAAGAAGAAGAGGAAGUUGCUUUUGAAACAGUAACUCCAAGUUGGCAAAAUCCUGACACAUGUAAAGGCAAUUGUCCCCAAGUAGAUAAACCAGAGGCAGUGACUCUUUUAGAAAAUAAAGAUUGUAGCAAAUUUUGUAUGUGUCAUAUGGGCACAAAAAUUGUCAAAGAAUGUCCAGCAGGACUUAUUUUUAGUCUUAGUGAUCAAACAUGUUCGUGGCCAUAUCUUGUUAAGUGUCCUCAACUUCCUUAAUAUUAUUUUGUCAUUUUUUUUUUUAAUUUAUAAAUUUUUCAAUAAAUUCUUUUUAUUAUAA